AUGUCAGUCUUUGAAGCAGUUCUUCAAAUAAAAUUUUGGAGUCCAAUUAUUUCAUUUUUAAUCGGAGCCCCAGCGGCGCUUCUCAAUGUGAUAAUAUUCAUUGGUAUAAAGGCAUUUCGUCGAUCUCCGUUGGCUUUUUAUGUUGUGGGACAAUCAUUAUCCGAUCUGACCGUCUUACUGAUCAUGUUGCUUCAAAUAGCUCCACACAUGUCACAAUCGGCUUCAUCCAUUGCUUGUAAAUUAACAGUGUUUUUUAUUCAAAUAGCAGUGGCUGUUGCUAUGAGUUUCCUUUGCUUGUGUGCAUUUGAUCGCUGGGCAUGUACGUCUCAAUCUGUUCGAAUACGUCAAUUGAGUUCGAUUGCUGCAGCUCGUCGUCUCUUUCCUAUUCCAUUUAUUUUUUGGUCAAUUUCCAAUAUUCCUUUUCUUAUUUAUUGUGAUCUUGUACCACCGAAAUUCGCUUGCUGGUUCACAAAUGAUCGUUUUAUGCGAAUAGGAACUCUUGUUUUGUCUCCAAUCCUCACUAUUUUUUUUCCUCUAACUGUUCUAAUACUGUUUGGACUGUUGACGUAUCGUAAUAUUCGUCUUACAACUCAUGUUCGUCAACAAGCAAAUCAAACGUGUUUGUCAACGUGGGAACAACAAAUGACACGAAUGAUGUUAGCUCAAACUCUUCUAAGCAUUUGUUGCACACUUCCUCGAGCAGUUUUCGUCAUUUAUUCGAUUGCUACAAUCGGAGAGGAUACAACGAGAAGUUUUGAUCAAUUGUCUAUUGUACUUCUCGUCGAUUAUUUGACUGUCUGUAUUAUUUCUGCGAAUUUCACAUCAUCUUUUUACAUAUUCCUUCUUUCAUCACCGCGUUUGCGACAAACUAUUCAAGUGUAUUUGAAACGCUGUUUCAAUGCGGAGCACCGACAAACAGCUCCAACAAACAUAUCACUCACAGCACAAACACUUACUGGUCGUCAAACUAGAGGAGGCAACGUUCACCCGGCCAUUCAAAAUAAACAAUUUUGA